AUGACAAAAGGACCCUACGUAUCACCAUCUACUGGCGCUAGAAAGAUAGGCGGCUUGACCAGUACAACACGCUCGCCCAACGUUAGCAAUGUAUUUUCUCACUUGAACAAAGUGAAUCAAACGGCACCUUCGUUACAACCACAUCGUUUGCAUCGAUAUUCUUCUUCAGGGGCAGCGGCAGCAGGAGAUGAAUGGAGCGAUGAGGAUAUCAAUGGCACAUACACACCGUAUCCAACAUCAGAAUUCUACAAGAAGUACGAGCUGAUGACAGAGUUCAUCAACUUGAAGAACCCCAACCAUUGCCCUCUUGGGCUUUACAUUAUGCCCUCAUCAGAAAACUUUAACGUGUGGUACGGUGUUAUCUUUGUGCAUCAAGGCUACUACAGCUCAGGCGCAUUCAAAUUCAGAGUAGCCAUUCCUGAAGCCUAUCCAGAAUACCCUCCAUCUGUCACUUUUAUCAGCGACAUGUUUCAUCCUUUGAUUGAUAGUGGAGGCAACCUCUCUCUUACGCAGCAGUUUCCAACAUGGAGACCAUGCGAGGAUUACAUAUUCCAUGUGCUGCAUUAUAUCAAAAACAUCUUCAAGAAGGCAGUGUUGGAUAGACUGGUAGAUAAACAUUGCCCACAGAAAGAGCCUUAUCGAUUGUACAGGACAGACAUCAAAACAUUUACCAAGUUGGCCAAGCAAUGUGCAGAAUUAUCCAUUUCAGAAUCGUAUCUCUAUGAUCAUUUCCCAGAGGAUAACAUGAUUCGUUUUUCGCCCAUCAGUGAAUCGAAAUAUGACAUUUUCAGAUCUCAAAUACUAAAGAAAGCGAAUCUGGAUGAUCCUUUCGAGCAAAACAUGGAAAAAAAGCCAUACCGUCUAGAAAAAUUAACGAUUGACGUAGAGCUCUCAAAGAAGUAUGAUACAGAUGUUGUAGAUGUGUUUGAUAAGAAGAUUAAGAUUGGCGAGGAUACUGCAAUUAUCAACGUAGCUGAAAAUAACGAUUGA